AUGUCGAUUACAACAUUUCAGAAGGUGACUCUUGUAUCGUGUAUUGUGUUAUGUAUAUCUUUAUUCCUUCCACAAAUGAUCUUAAACGGAGUGCAGAAGGAAAUUAUGCAGAAGGCGGGAAUGCCCCGCAAACAGCCCCUGGAGGGGUUGGAGCCCUGGGAGACGGAGUCGGUGUACCCGGGCGCUCUCAGCUCCGAGGCCAUCGCCAAGGCGCAGGUCAAAGGAGCCAUGGGGGGGAACAAGAAGUCCAGCCAUUUGGGGCAGAUCGUACCCAUAUAUGGAGUCGGGAUCCUCUUAUACAUCCUUCACAUCUUUGUCAAGACCCCCUUCUGGCGGCGCAGUAUCAGUGAGGAGGAUCUGGCCACGCUGGAGGCCCGUCUAGCCCACGCAGAGAUGCUGAUGAGCAGAGUGAUGUCCGCAUCGUCCGUCGUCGUCAGGCCCGAGAGUGUCAAAUCCCAUCGUUCCUCGCGGAAGAGGCGGCAGUCAAGUUUACUGCGUCGGCUGCGGAGGUUUGGCCGAUCGUUCCAGGAGGAUCAACGGGAAGAGGAGGUCACCCCAGAGAUGGAGGCUGAGGAGGUGUCCUACACAGUGGAUUGGGAAGGCUACCCAGAGGAGACCUUCCCCAAGUACGACCAGCCCUGUGGCCCUCGCAAAUACGACACCAUUAUCGUAGAGGCCCCCGACCCCAACCAGCCCUCCGCAGAGGAGCUCGCCGAGCAAGUGGCCAAAGAGGAGCUGGAGGCACAGAGAGAGCUCGCAGUGAUCGAAGAGGGAGAUGAAGAGAUGGAGGAGGAAGAGGAGGAGGAGGAGACAGAGGAGGAGAAGACGGAGGAAACAGAAGAGGAUGAGGAGGAGGAGGACGAGGAGGAGGAGGAGGAGGAGGAAGACGAAGAGGUUGAGACAGAAGAGGACGAGGUGUUGAUGUUUAAGGCGGCGAUGGAAGAGGAGGAAGAGGAGGAGGAAGAGGUCGGCGAGGAGACGCCAUGUCUGCCCCAGCCGGAGAGCGCGGACGACCGGAGAGGCCUGAGCCUCGGGCAGUUCUUAGGGCUGACCCCUGCUGACCCGCCCGAGUGCAGACGCCGACGCAUCACCUUCAGCGAACACAAGGACAUCUUCCGCUACCCGCGCGAGGAGGAUGAACAGGAGGUGGGCCUCGAGGAGUUCCUCAGCACGUACCGCCCGGUGAUGAACGAGAGACUUAGCCAGGCCAGGGUGGACCCGCCGCCGACCUCCAGCCAACUCCGCAUGCGCAACAAGGGCAGAGACAAGAAGGACUGA